AUGGAAUUGUAUAAGUACAUAUUAGCACUAUCUGAGGAGGCAUCAAUGGCGAACAAAAUUGACCAUGGUCAUCCUCUGUUCUUGUCAUCUUCUGAUGUACCAGGAGCUGUUCAAGUUGGAAUUCAACUCACAGGUAUGGAGAAUUAUACUUUAUGGAUUGAUUCUGAGAAGAAACAGUGGGAUCGAUGUAAUGCUAUGGUGCUUUCAUGGCUGAUGAGUAAUGUGAGCAAGGAUUUGGUGAGUGGAAUCUUAUUUCGUUCUAAUGCAGCUCUAGUUUGGAGUGAUUUGAAGGAACGUUUUGAUAAGGAUCUAUGGGAUGAAUUCGACUCAAUUGUUCCACCUCCUUCUUGUAAUUGUGAUAGAUCUAAAGAGUAUAUUGAUAGUAUGCUUAGACAAAAGCUUUUGCAAUUUUUAAUGGGUUUGAAUGACAAUUAUAGUCAUGCUAGGAGUCAAAUUCUUAUGAUGAGUGUUCCACCUUCUGUUAAUCAAUGUUAUGCUAUGAUAAUUCAAGAUGAAAGCCAAAGGGAGUUAUGUGGAGAUCACUAAACUUUGGGUGGACAAUUAGAUUCUACUGCAUUAUUUUCCAGUAGAUCUGGAGGCAAUGGUUCUGGAAGUAAUGGUUCUGGAAGUAAUGGGAGUCAAGGUUAUCGAAGUCAAGGAAAUAUGAAACCUCAUAAACCACAAAGGAGUGGAUAUUUGUAUUGUGAUCAUUGUGAAAUGAAGGGUCACAGUAGAGCUGAUUGCAACAAGCUGAAAUAUUGUACUCAUUGUCAUAAGCAUGGGCAUUUAAAGGAUGUUUGUUUCCAAUCAAUAGGUUAUCCUAUCAAUUAUAAAGGGAAAAGAUUAGCUAACAAUGUGGCAACAGAUUGUGGAUUUCUGGGGAGUUCAAAUGAUAACAAUUGUUUUGUUCCUUCAACACAACAGUCACAA